UCUGCCGUCCGUCAUUUUUACAUAGAAUUUACGCGGUGUUGUUCGCGGUCUAAGUCCAACGCGGAGUGAAUUUUCGGAUUGCCAACGCGCUUUCAUUGCUGGUUUAGAGGAUUAAUUUUGAUCUGGAACGUUUUGCGAAUCAUUUGCGUCGAAAGUGUCGCCGAAUCGUACAUGUUUGGUUUGUGAAAAAUCGUUUUCAAAUUAUCGAUAAAAUCCGGAACGCAACUUCUGCUCCCGCUGGUGGUACGAUUUUGUUUGCUUCCCAGUGCAAGUGAGACACCAACACAGCGCUAGAGGUGACAAUCGCCGCGCGGAUUAACAUUUUGACAAACGGCAAGCCGGCUGUGCGAAAGAGACCGCUAUAUAGGACAACGUCGGUCGGGAGAAGCUGUCAAAAAGUUGCUUGGCUUUCACAUCGGUGCUGGUUGGCAGACGCUUCCGAAAAAGUGUCCAAUUUCCGUGCGUUUUCGAUUGAAUUUGUGGAUAAAGGUUGGUCCUAAGUGGAAAUCUUAAGGAGGAAAAGAUGCUGCAGAAGAAACCUACCGGUGGAUUGUACGAUCCGAUGAUUAUUCCUCGAGUUAAGCAGUAUCUCGAGGAAAAUGUGCACCAAACGUACGUCGAUGUCGGCGUAAUGGCCCGGGAACUGCAGGAACGCUACCGCGAAUACAACCGUCGCAAAGCCGUCCCAUUCCGUUUACUGGUGGAGCAGGCCUACAAAACGGUUCUCCAUAGCUAUGGCCUAGACAGCAAUCCGUCUAGCGAGAACGAGGAUGACGCCAAUUCCGAUCUGGAAGUCAUGGAAGACGGUGCCGGAGGUGGCGCAAAUGCCAACCAUAUGAACGAUGCGCUAACCAACAUGUACAUGAGCAAUAAGAAUAAACCUUCCGGUGGCGCUGCAGGAAGCGGUGCAGGUGACGGAGAAGCGAUCGACAUCAGCAGCGACGAGGACGAUGAAGGUGCGGAUUCUCGCGACAAAGAUAAAGCAGUUUCAACGACCAGCAACAGCAUGAGGCUCAUUGAAACCCAAAUCGCGUCUAACAAACACAUUACGGUGACGAAGGUGACUCGUACAGAUAAGCCGCGAUCCGGCGACGAAGCGGUCGAUUCCAGUAAUGGUAGCUCAAAUGGUCCAAGACGACCGGCUGAACAGCUGCCUGCCAGCCAAGCCAAGCGUCGCCGUUUGGAUCAGCCACAGAUUUCGGAAGUAAGCAACAGUUCCAAUCCAUUGUUGCCUCAGCCGACACCACGACCACCACCUGCAAGCAAUCGAGGUGCCGGUGCCGGAAGGACCGAUUCCAGUGCUCCUACAGCAGCACCACGUACGAAGCGCUUCAAGAAAGAAGUAUGUGCUCGAUUUGUCGAGACCACAUUCGAAGAUGUUGGAGGCAUGGAUAAAAUUUUGCGUGACUUGUGUGAACUAUUGCUUCACGUUAAGCAUCCGGAAGUUUAUCGCCACGUGGGUCUUCCUCCGCCACGAGGAUUCCUUUUGCAUGGUCCUCCCGGUUCAGGAAAGACACUACUCGCUCAUGCUAUCGCUGGGCAAUUGAAAAUCGGUCUCAUAGAAAUCCCUGCCACAGAAUUGGUAGCUGGAGUUUCCGGCGAAUCAGAGGAACGCAUUCGAGAGGUUUUCGAACAGGCAGCGGUUCUUUCGCCGUGCGUUCUGUUCAUUGACGAAAUCGAUGCUAUCUCGGCGAAUCGAGUCAAUGCUCAGAAGGAUAUGGAACGUCGUAUUGUGGCUCAACUACUUAGCAGUCUGGAUAACUUACCCAAGCUGGAAGGCGGCGAUGGUGUUUUGGUUAUUGGCGCCACAAAUCGGCCGGAUGCUCUCGACCCUGCUUUGCGUCGUGUCGGACGGUUCGAUCAGGAAAUCUCUUUGGGUAUCCCAGAUAGGGAGGCCAGAGCCCAAAUCCUAAAAAUAAUCUGUAAGAACCUGAAGAUCGAGGAGAAUAUUGAUUUCGACGAGUUGGCAAAGUUGACCCCUGGUUACGUUGGAGCUGAUUUGCUUGCAUUGGCUACACGUGCAGCCACCACGGCUAUCAAGAGGAUGUUGACGGAACGUGAACGUCAGGAGCUGAUCGCAGAAAGUAAACGUAUGGCAGAGCUGGAGGCGUCCCGUCGCAAACAGGAACAGGAAGCUUUGAACAAGAAAGAUGAUGACGAUGAGGUGAUGGAAGUGGAGGACACUUCUCCAGUUGUCGAAACCAUCAAAAACAAAUUCAAUGGGGAUGUUUCUACGGAUGAUGUUGUUGCCGUUGAGGAUGAUGUCGAAGAAGUGGUGAAUUUGGACGACGACAAGGAAGAGCCCAAAGAAGGCGAAAAGAAGGAGGCAGAAGCCGAAAAGGCCCCUGUGGUUGAGGUGUCAGCCGAAGCUGAGAAGACGACCGAGGAAAAGAAAGAUGAGGAGGUGAAAGUUGACGACAAAAAGGAUGAAGAGCACAAAGUAGGGGAAGGCAUGGCUGAUUCUGCUGAAGCUGCCGAAGCUAAACCAGCUGAUGAAGAAAAGAAGGAUGAGGAUGCUGCAAAGGAAGCCGUGGAGAGUGAAAAGAAACCGGACGAUGAAGCAAAGGUAGAAGAAUCCAAGGCAACUGACGGAGAUGUAGAAAUGGUGGCUGAUAGCAGUACUUCUGGCGAUAAGAUUGAACAAGAAGUUCCAAAGUCGACCACUGAAGGGGUGGAAUCAGUUGCUGCAGAAUCGAGUGAAGCUGAGAAGAAGGACGAUGAACCGAUGGAAACCGAGAAAGACAAAGAAGAAGUCACAGUUGAAGAGCCCGAACAAACCGUACCAGAACCAACCGUAGUAGAAGAAAGCGAUGAAACACCAGCUGAUGAAGAACGUCCUCCUGCACCAGUUCUUACUUUGGAGAAAAUGAUGAACCUUUUGUUGGAUCACUCGAAUCCGUUGCCAGAUGAUGAAUUGGAAACCUUGUGCAUUGAACGAGCAGACUUCCUGGAGUCUCUAAAAUCAGUUCAACCUUCAGCCAAGCGUGAAGGCUUCAUCACUGUACCCGAUGUUACGUGGAAUGAUAUCGGUUCGCUGGGUGAUAUUCGUGAGGAGCUGAAACUAGCUAUCCUAGCCCCAGUGAAAUUCCCUCAGCGUUUGAAAUUACUCGGUCUCAGCUCUCCCUCCGGAGUGUUAUUAUGUGGCCCACCUGGAUGCGGUAAGACACUACUCGCAAAGGCAGUUGCCAACGAAGCUGGCAUCAAUUUCAUUUCAGUCAAAGGUCCCGAACUGUUGAACAUGUAUGUCGGAGAGUCGGAACGUGCCGUUCGUCAGUGUUUCCAACGAGCUCGCAACUCGACUCCAUGUGUCAUAUUCUUCGAUGAAUUUGAUUCACUGUGUCCCAAACGGUCAGACAGUUCUGAGGGUAGCGCAGGAAUGCGAGUGGUGAAUCAAUUGCUCACCGAAAUGGAUGGCAUCGAGGAUCGGAAGGGAGUGUUCCUGAUGGCUGCAACCAACCGACCAGAUAUCGUUGAUCCUGCCGUUCUUCGCCCUGGACGCUUGGAUAAAAUUCUGUAUGUUGGCUUGCCAGCGGAAGAAGAUCGCGUAGAUAUUCUUCGUGCUUUAACUAAAAACCGCACGCAACCUCCAUUGGCUGAUGAUGUUGAUCUGAGUGUUGUUGCGCGACUUACUGAGGGUUAUACCGGCGCUGACUUGGCCGGACUGGUAAGACAAGCUUCUCUGCAAACUUUGAAAGAUUCGAUAGCUGAGUGCAGUAGUGACGAUAACGUGUCAGACGAAUCGGAACAAGAUCUCAAAGUUGCAAUGGUGCACUUCCAAGAAGCGAUACGCAGCAUCAAACCUUCAGUGAAUGAAGAGGACAAGAAACACUAUGAACGAUUGAAGAGGAAAUAUGGAACACAAUCCGUGGAUCAGUAGAUAUAGGACCUCCUCUAGGUGUUGUAAGGACAUGAUUUAGCACUUUAGCGUUUAAGUGUCACAGAAAAAACCGAUACAUCCCUCAUAAUUGUAACGACCGGUUGCAUUGAAUGAAAAUUCAAAUCUGUAAUGACUGGUUGGAAAGUGUAAAGCGUUGAUUCGGAAACAUAAGUAAUUCAGUUGAACUUGCCGUUCUUUCAUCGGACGACCUUAAGAGAGAAACAACUAGCAUUUAGUUUCAGACUACUAGCGACAAAAUGACCCUCAACCGUUCAGGAAUGUAUGACAGUUUUAGCGGAAUAAUUUAGGAAUCCCAAACCCAUCGGAAGUAUGUAGUGGACAUCGUUUUUCUUUUAGUAAUCAAAACUAUUAUAUUUUCUGUUCACAUAACAGUAUCGAACACAAUAGUUUGUGUGCAGACAAAUGAAAAUUACUUCAUUUUUUCUAUCUUUCACUGAUAUAAAGAGUAGAUUUGACAAACACUGGCAUACAGGAUGUAAAAGUAUAUAAUUAAUACAAAAUGAUAAACACCUCUCAGCUUA